ACGCCCCCGCGGUUCCGCGUCCGGCGCGAGGUCACCGCCAUGGCGGCGGCGCGAGCGCGGCGCGCGGGAGCCUCCCUGCUUUGGGCUGCGGUCCGGCACCAGAGUUCCCAGAGCUCAUCCCCACAGCCAGGACUUGUUGCCAAAACUUCCCUGACUUCACCCCCAUGGCCUGAAGUGAAACUUCCAGAUCCAGUGGAAGAAGCCAAGUAUCAUGCAGAAGUGGUGCAGAAGGUGAACGGGCUGAUCGCUGCGGGGCAGUACGGGCGGCUCUUCGCCGUCGUCCACUUCGCCAGCAAGCAGUGGAAAAUCACCAGUGAAGACCUCAUCAUGAUGGACAAUGUCCUGGAGGCUGAGUGUGGAGACCGAAUCCGGAUGGAAAAGGUUUUGCUGGUUGGUGCUGAUGACUUCACACUCAUUGGAAGGCCGCUGCUGGGGAAGGACCUGGUCCGUGUGGAGGCCACGGUGAUUGAGAAGACGGAGUCGUGGCCCAAAGUCAACAUGCGCUUCUGGAGGAGGCACAACUACCAGAGGAAGAAAAUCAUUGCAAACCCCCAGACUGUCCUCAGGAUCAACACCAUUGAAAUCUACCCCUGCUUGUCCUGACUGGGGUGGGGAUGUGCCUGGGAAUCAUUGUUGCUUCCAGGCAAUUGUGGAAAUAAAACUGCCUCAGCACUGGGAAGUUCUGGACUUGUUGCUGUGUGGGAAAUGGAAAUCUCUAUGUGCUUUCUUUUUGAAAGAAUGAAAUAUUUUUUAAACUCUU